CUAGAUAUACUUGCGGGCAACUGUGCUAUCCCUGAACCCACCCCCAGCCAGGUGACCCUGGAAGGGUGCAAUGCCGAGUGUGGUGUCAGGGUCUGUCGGAGAUUGGCAUUGAUGGCUCAGGGUGGUUGAUGCCUGAUAUUCUGGUCGUUCAUUGGCUCUGGUGGAGUAAAUUGACUUGGGUGGAGUCUUGGUUGAGACUUUAAAUGGGCAUUAAUGGGUCUAAAUGGGUAUAAGAGGGGGAAAUGAGGUUUCAUGUUAAUUCUGCAGCCCGGCCUCGGCCCAGCCCUAAACCAAGACAUACUCUCCAACACACCAUCCUGCGUGAUGGGGAAUCAGUCAUUCAAACUAGGAUAGGUGGUCCCUCGAAUCUGCUUCAACAGGCCCCUAGUCUAAAUGAUUUAGGAGUGCUCAUGGGGACUCUCCUGAAGCUGUCACGCAGGACACUCAAGCGCCGUGUGGCCGCGAUGAAACUCCCGCCGACUGCAACUGAGACACGGCGAUUCAUGGCAUUUCUCGGCGCCUCUGCUUUUGUUUUUUCUUCUUUCUUUUUCCUUUUUCCCCUCUUUUCUCUUUUGUCCCCUUCUUUCUUUGUCGUCCUGCUCGCCCGCUAUACCCUGGCUUGGUCAGAUUGAAUUCAGAGCUUAAGGUUAAGGUUGCUGCGGAUCAGCAUGAGAUCAGCAAGACGUGGCAACUUACCCAUACUUCCUGGGCGUACUGUACCAUAUGUACCGUAGUACUACCCUCCAUUUC